AUGAUGGGGACCGAUAAUGGAUAUAAGGUUAGAUAUGACAGUUUGGUAAACAUCAAAGAUUACCCAACCUCUUUUAACUUAUCAAGUAAGGAGGAUAAAUUAGAUUUACGAAAUUUGAAAUACUUGACUUCAACUGAUCAUCUCAAUUGUCCUAUUUGUCAACAACCUUUUAUAAAUCCGCUCACAACAAUAUGUGGCCAUACUUUUUGCAAAGACUGUAUACAUGAGUAUUUGAAGUCCCUAAAUGAUAGUAAUGGUGACAGUGGCAGUGGCAGUGGCAGAGGAGGAGGAAGAGGAAGAGGUAAUAGUAGUGGCGAUCUAGGGUUUUGUCCACUUGAUCGCACUCCAAUUGACGCCGCUAACAUAAAUGACUUAUUCCCUACUCCACUAAUAAUUACAAAUCUUAUUGACGAUUUGAAGGUCGCUUGUUUGAAUAAUGAGCGUGGCUGUGAGUGGACUGGAAGUCGGUGGGAAGUGGAACAUCACGUUUUGGAAUCUUGCUUAUAUACUGGAGUGCGCUGUAAUGGGAUUCGACUAGGAGGAGAAAAAAAUGGAGAAAAAGGACAAGGAGGAGGAGGAGGAGGAGAAGGAGGAGAAGGAGAAGGACAAGGAGAAGAAGAAGGACAAGGAGAAGAAGGAGAAGAAGGAGAAGAAGGAGAAGAAGAGAAAUGCAAAUGUGACUUGUUUGUGGAGAGAAGGUUUCUUAAGGAUGUCAAAGAUUCGGAGUGUGUACAUCGAAUAUUCAAAUGUCACUUUUGCGAUGACGAGAUUACGAAAUUAACUCAGGAAGAGCAUUUGAGUAAAACGUGUUUGUUUAAUUACAAACUUUGUGAAUUAUGUGGUAACGACUCGAUUCCUGAAAAGAACUUUGCCAAACAUCAGGAAAAUUGUAUAAAGAUGGGUAAAAUCAAAUGUCCAGCUCACGAAAUUGGUUGCAGGUGGAUAGGAUCGAAUGAAACUGCAUUAGAGAUACACUUGCAAAAUGGAAAUUGUCAAUUGAAUGAGUUUUUGCCUUUUUACUCAAAUAUGGGUGACCGCAUUUCCUCUUUGGAGCUGGAGAAUAGGUUUUUGCAAAAACAAUUGCACAAAAUUCUUGACUCAAUAAUUCAGGGUAAAAUCUCUAAUCUCGGCUAUAAUGAUAAUCUUGAAGAGAUCAACAAAUUUAAAGACAACAUAGAGGAUCAAGAUAAACUAAUUUACUUGAACUUUGAAUUAGAUCGCUUGAAGUACGAGAUUAACGAGAAACUAAUCCCAUUUAUGAAUAAACACGAUAGUUUUACCACUAGAAACGAACAAGACAACAAUAAAAAUAUGAUGAAAAAUCUUAUCAAUGACAAUUUUAUGAUGAGAGAAGACAUGAACUUGCAGAGAAUGAUGAUUAGUAGCUUACGAAAACAAUUACAGUUUAUGCUCUUUUCAAGGAACCGAAAAAUGGGACUAACCAAUAGUGGGCCUCUAAUGAUGCACAAUAUUAAUGAUGAAAUGGCGAUGCCUGAGUUUUAUGAUGCUAUUUCAGGGAGUACUUCUGAAGAACGUUUAAAUUUGAAGUUAUGA